UGGCUGCUUACAUAUUGUGUGUAAUUGUGUGCCUUAAUGUGCGCUUGUCUCUCCCACAAGGGAACUGUCAAAAUCUCAUUACCAGUUGACAGAUCCCUCCCCCACCCUACAACUGAUUCAAUAGUGAAGUGAAAAGGAGGGAAGGCUUCGCAUUCUAUUCUUUGUGUGGCUCGUACUGCUUCGCCUGGUUUGACAGACCCGAGUAUGUGUAUAUACAGUAGAGAUAACCCACACAGGGCAUACAAUCAUUCUGACAGAUGGAGGGGGAGGGGUGAUCGUAGCGAGAAUGUUGAAGAGGCGUGGCAAAUGUGUAAGGGCCGACCGCACCCCUUCUGUUACGCAGCUGUCAUUGUAAGCGCUGGUGUGGUGGGCGUGGCGGUCAUCGGAUGCACCGGUCUCACGCAUCUCAUUCAUAUGCCAGACUAAGGAGGCGAGCGCUGGGUGUGCCAUUGGAAGGGGGAACCUAAAGGAACGCUCUAUUCACGGCGGGUACCGAAAAGGUGCGCGGUGUUUUCUGAACUCCUAGUGCGCUACAGUAGACAGGGUCCGGGUAACACGAGAUACUCUUUAAAGAAGCCGGUGUGCGGCUGGUUCAGCUGCUCCACGUAACUCUCACUACCUCUGAAUACCUAGUGCCUUACCCAGCGUCCACAUCAUGGAAAAAGAAAGUGAAAACGCCUCCUGUGCCGGCUUAUUGGACCAGACCAAAGAACCUGGCAGCCCUACUCAGAGCCGAAAAAACAAAAAACACAAGCUCUCUGUCUGCAGUAAAAUAUGUUUUGCCAUUGGAGGAGCUCCUUAUCAGAUCACUGGGUGUGCGCUGGGAUUCUUCCUACAGAUUUUUCUACUGGAUAUAGCACAGGUACCUCCUUUCUAUGCUUCCAUCAUUCUUUUCACGGGCAGGGUUUGGGAUGCCAUCACUGAUCCACUGGUUGGAUAUUUUGUCAGUAAAAGUUCCUGGACAAGAUUGGGACGACUGCUGCCAUGGGUUGUCAUUUCUACUCCCUUCGCUGUGGUUUCGUAUCUUCUCAUUUGGUUUGUACCUGGCUUCUCGGGGGUUUCAAUGGUUCUUUGGUACCUGGUUUUCUACUGCCUUUUCCAGACACUGGUUACGUGUUUCCACGUACCAUACUCUGCUCUCACAAUGUUCAUCAGCAAAGAACAAAGUGACCGGGAUUCUGCCACAGGAUAUCGUAUGACAGUGGAGGUCUUGGGUACUGUUCUGGGAACUGCCAUACAAGGACAGAUAGUGGGCAGAGAGGAUACACCCUGUGUAGACCACAUUUGGGAAACUCGCCUUUCUAACACUUCUUUGACUAUGCAAGAUCUCAACAUUACUCAUGAGGUGGAAUCCCUUUCCGGCACAAGGGAUGCCUACAUGAUUGCUGCAGGAGUCAUCUGUGCAGUUUAUGUGCUGUGUGCUAUUAUUUUGACUCUAGGAGUUCGUGAAAAAAGAGAUGCCUAUGAGCUGCUGUCAGACCAGCCGUUCUCCUUCUGGCAGGGUCUGAAGCUUGUUAUGUGUCACAAACCCUAUAUUAAGUUAAUUACUGGCUUCCUCUUCACAUCUUUGGCUUUUAUGCUGUUAGAAGGAAAUUUUGCUCUGUUCUUGACUUAUACUAUGGGAUUUCGAAGAGAUUUUCAGAAUAUCCUGUUGGUUGUAAUGCUCUCUGCAACUCUGACGGUUCCUUUCUGGCAAUGGUUCCUCACCCGUUUUGGAAAAAAAACUGCAGUCUAUUUUGGGAUUUCAUCUGUUAUCCCCUUCCUGAUCUUGGUGGUGCUGAUGAAGAGUAAUCUAAUUGUUGCCUAUAUCGUAGCCGUGGCUGCUGGACUCAGUGUUGCUGCAGCUUUCUUACUGCCAUGGUCCAUGCUUCCAGAUGUUAUUGAUGAUUUUAUUCUCCAGAACCCAGAUUCUCAUGGACAUGAACCCAUCUUCUUCUCAUUUUAUGUCUUCUUCACCAAGUUUGCUUCAGGAGUAUCUUUGGGGAUCUCCACAUUAAGUUUAGAUUUUGCAGGCUAUCAGACACGGGCCUGUUCCCAGCCAGAACAAGUGAACAUGACCUUGAAAAUGCUUGUCUGUGUAGCCCCAGUGAUACUCAUACUUCUUGGACUUUUACUCUUCAUACUGUAUCCCAUCAAUGAAGAGAAGCGGAAACAGAACAAAAAAGCCCUGCAGCUUCUUAGGGAAAGCAAUCGAGACUCGGAUUCAGACUCUUUUGAACUGGCAAGCAAUGUAUGACCAAGGCUUAGCGCUCUCUGUUGGUAGUCACAAGCAGAAAAUGCCAAGAAAGGAUGCAUUACGCCCUAGGCGAGUGGAUACCAGCCAUAACCUCCCUGUGCUGCUUCCUCAGGACUCUUCAUGUUCCUCUUGGGAUGUGUAGCAUCCCUGGUGCUAUAACUGCUAAGCACACACUGAGUGCUGCGAUCCUACAUAAUGUUGCACUAACAUAGGGAAAAUGUAUUAAAUUAAUUGUGAAUUUUCCAAGUGGUGUUUGUAUAUAAAGACUUAAAUCCCUUGAUCUUGUGGGAAAUGAAGAAUAAUAAGGUGCCUUUAUUGAAAAGUUCACUGUACACAUGAAACAAAUUUUGUAUAUAUUUGCAAGGUACGCUUGUGAGACCUUCCUACUUGUCAACAAACACUGGUAUUUGAUCACCUGUAUGUGUAUAGUAAGUGUAUGCAUUUGUAUUUAUAUAUGUAUGUAAAUUAAAACCAAGUCGGUCUUCAA